CAUCACACUGCCCGACGUGCAACAUGACCAACAUGGCUGUUCUCGUACCUCGCAGGCCCGAGGUGAUUGUAUCGUUGGAAACCUGGAAAUCACGAUGAUUCUCCAGUGAAUCAGCACGGCGAGUGAGCGUCCUGCCUGGUAGUCUGAUCGCGCGAGCGGCAGGACUCGCCUGGAUACGCUGCCGCAACCAAAGAGCCCGCAAGUCCUAGCGAUAUAUAAAUACUGUGAAUAGAACCCUUAAGAUGGUGAAGUUAUACGCACUGACUGUUCUGUACAAAAGUCCCACGUCGGCGACGACGCUGAAGGCCGCCUACGACGUGGAGUCGUUCUCGUUUUUUCAAAAAAACAGUAUUAAGGAGUUCAUGUGCUUCGUCAGUAAAACAAUUGUGGAGAGAACGCAGACGUGUGCCAGGCAGAGCGUCAAGGAAGGCGAAUACAUGUGCCAUGUGUACGUGCGAGCCGACAAUCUCGCCGCGGUGCUCAUCUCGGAUCACGAAUACCCCAGGAGAGUGGCGCACACUCUGAUCACGAAGGUGAUGGACGAGUUUGCGGCGAAGAAUCCGCCGUCGGCGUGGCCCACCCUCAAGGAGACCACCGCCGACUUCCCGCAGAUCAAUACGUAUCUAGCCAAGUAUCAGAAUCCAGGCGAGGCGGACGCGCUCACGAAAAUGCAAAACGAUCUAGACGAGACAAAAAUUAUUUUGCACAAUACCUUGGAAGCGGUGCUGCAAAGGGGCGAGAAGCUGGACGAUCUAGUUUCCAAGUCGGAGGGGCUCAGCGCUCAGUCGAAGGCGUUUUACAAGACCGCACGGAAAACCAACUCCUGCUGUAGUUUAGCUCCUUAGAACGUUUCCUUCGUUGUUUUUUUGUUUCUCAGCGAGCUUCGCCGCUUCAAUAUUUCGAUAAAUGUGACUUUAUAAUCAUUGCGGUAUAAAAACGCAAGCGAGUAUUUAUAUGAUUGGCGGAAGGGGUCGAUAUGCGGGAAAUGGGAGGGAAGGUUUAGCCAACAGGUAACGGGGAGCCAACGGAAGGUAUUGAUCUACCCAGAUUUUUCAGUGGAACGUACAUAUAUUCAUUCAGUGAAUUUCUAGUUGAAUAACGGGCAAAAGCAAACCACUGCCGGUUCCUCCCAGUUAAGUGGAAUUUUUUAUAGGGAUGUCACGCGCCCGUGGAAAUCGUCUACUCGCGAGAAACGGUCCUAAACAAUUGCGUACAUGAAUUACUUCCGAGAUGAGUUUCGCGCGAGAGGAAGCUACCGUGAGGGAGUUCCCACAGUGUCAAAGUAUCGCCUUAAACACAUUCCGAAUGUUAAUCGUGCCCUUUUUACGUGUGAAAAAGACGCGGGUGUAGCGCGAGGUGGUUUUUAUUCCGGACGUGAAGAGCCUCGUGAAUCGAUAGAUGCGAUGCGACAACGCUAUUGGACGAACGAUUUAUCUCUGUUGAAACAAUUAGAUCCCAGUCUAAUAAUCCGAUCAGCGUGAAAUAAUCAAAAGAGCCUUUUUGACGGAACUUUUGUAACCGCUAGAAAUAAUUUUACAUCUUGUAUCUGUGCGAUUUUAUCAUAGUUAUGUUGACAAGUCAUCCAUAUUGUAAGAAAUCCGAACGAGAGAAUAUUCAGCACAGAUUCUAAGAAGGUUGUCUGGCAGUUUAUUUAAUACAACAUACGUAAACCAGUCCUAAUCCUUUUUAACUGUAUUUAUAUAUUAUGAAUUGUACCAAAAAAACUAUUAUCAAUGUUUGUUACAUUAAACAUUUCAUCCAGUUGAUCGAUAGACGAUAAGGCUUACGAUUAUUUGUCAUUUGAAUUUCAACAUAAGUAAAACUCUGAUGAUGUGUCUUGACAGAAAGAAAAUAUAUUCUAUGUAUAAUAUUUAAGUGACAAUUGUAAUCUUUAUACUAUGUAUGUUGAAAAGUAUAAUGAGCCAGUAAAUAUAUAUUAAUAUA